CAUGAAUCCUACCCACAAUAGCGCGCAGCCUACGGCGAAUGGUGAUCCGGGACCGUCUAGCGCGCGCGGAAAGCCCAUAUACGAGGGCAGCACCCAAUUUCGCAACUGGCGUUUCUCCCCCGAGCGUCUCGCGCAUACACGAGCGCGUCUGAAUGCGGGUGCGGUGGACGCGAUACGCGUGGCGUUCGAGACGGACGAGCCAGGCUCAUCGUCUCGAGUGCAAUUCCUUACCGCGGACGAGGAGCUGCUGCUCGUCAAGCUUUACGCGUCCAAGAUUCCCCAAAUGUGCCAGCUCUUCCGAUUUCCGGAGGAGGUCGAAGCGACGGCGAUCACCUACUUGAAGCGCUUCUACCUCAAGAACACUGUGAUGGACUGGCAUCCCAAGAACGUCAUGCUGACCGCACUGUUCCUCGCCACAAAGACGACCAACAACCCCAUUUCCAUCGAACACUACACCAAAGUCAUUCCUCGCGUCGAAGUUUCCGACGUCCUCGACAUCGAGUUCCUCGUGGCGCAAAGCCUCGGCUUUGAGUUCUCCGUAUGGCACGCGCACCGCGCACUGUGGGGUAUCUGGCUAGACUUGCAGACGGUACCGGACGCGCCUCCCCCAGACCACAACAUCUACCAGAAAGCCCUCUCUCAUGUCGCACAAUCCCGCUUGACCGACGCAGAGUUGAUAUACACACCAUCACAAAUCGCGCACGCAUGCCUUUCCCUCGCAGCACCCAACCUCGCCGAGCAGUGGUUGGAGGCCAAGUUCCCCUCGACCUCUCCGGAGAAAGCUGCAUCUGCUACCAUGCUACGUGAUGUCAUCGCAACCCUCCGGGCCCUCAUCACGACUGAGGGGCAAGCACCGCCGAUUGAGGCUGUCCGGGAGGUAGACCGUCGACUACGACUAUGCAAAAACCCGGAGAAGAUACCCGGAACAAAGGCCUAUCUAGCACGGAAAGCAGAAGAAGAACGGAAAGCGGAAGAAAAACGGCAGCGAAAGCUCAAAGCGGCGACCAUGGGAUCGGACCCUUUCGGCGAGACAUUAGUGGAGGAGGGGUUAGACGACGACGAUGAUUGAUAGCUGCUAUGGUCUCGGUGUUUAUGAUCGCGCGCAAGCGCGCUGCAGUGAUUCCAGCGCUCUCUGCUGCUGCUGCUGCUACCAGCAGUGAACCAUGAUAGGCUGCAAUUUAUCAAUUUUAUGCAGGGUGGUCGUUGCGCGAGUCUUUGAUACAUGCAAAAAAGGUCAGACCUCACAAGUUCCGGCGAUGCGCCACCUAAAGUAGGCGGUGAAACCCCUUCAUUCUUGAAUGUGACCGCCUAUAUAACCACG